CGAAUCUGACACCGGUCUGUGACGAAGCAGCUGCACCGGUGGUGUGUGUGCGUGUUGUGUUUUCAGCCUUCGCUUAUGUGUGUGUGUGAGACUGAGACUGUGUGUGUGAGUGAGAGUGUGUUUCACCGAUGGAGUCGAACAGUGCAGCGUACGGAGUCUCUCUCGCCGGAACGGGAUUCGAUCUCAUCAAAUUCAUCAAACAGCCUCAAACCAUCAUACGGUUCCUCAGCUGGGUGUUCGCUAUCGUGGUGUUUGCCUCCAUCACGGCUGAAGGUUACGUGAACAGUAGCUCUGAAAUCCAGGCGAAGUGUGUCUUCAACAGGAAUGAAGGAGCCUGUCAUUACGGCGUUGGCAUCGGGGUCAUCGCCUUCCUGGCCUGCAUCGCCUUCCUAUUGGCUGAUGUGUUCCUGCCUUCGAUGAGCAAUGCUCAGGAGAGGAAGUACAUAGUGAUGGCUGAUCUGGGCUUCUCAGGUGCCUGGACAUUCCUGUGGUUUGUGUGUUUCUGUCUCAUGGCGGAUCAGUGGUCAAAGACCCAAGACACCAGCGGCAUCCCUACAGAUGCCGUCCACGCAGUCAUCGCCUUUUCAUUCUUUUCCAUCGGAUCCUGGGGAGCGUUAAGUUACUUCGCUCUUGUGAGGUUUCGUCAUGGUGUUGACGAUGUGACCCAGAACUACGUCGAUCCGCCGGUGGACCCCACCUCACCGUAUCCCACCACCUACACGCCGCCCACGUAUCCUUCCUUCCAGAACACGGGUCAAGAUCUCUUCCAUCAGCCGCCCUUCGUACCGAAUCCUGACCCGACCGGCCAGAGCAGCUACCAGCCGCCCGUCUACUGACACGUGACACGCACAGAAACCUGAAACACGACACCCAGGUCACCUGACGCCUCGGGAUGUGGGAGGGGCCUCGGCAGGCAGCCAAUAGGAGACUGUUUGCCAUUUAACACGUGGCCUUAAAUGUGUAAAUAUUCAAGUGUUUAUUUACGUGACUGUAGAUGAGUUCAGAUUUGCACUGAUGAGCUGAAAUAAAGCUGUAAGUUAUUGUGGAUAAGGUCUGUCGCUCACACUGGAAUCACAGCAGAGUUUGUUAACGUUUUCCCAGCUGAAUGAGUAGGAAUGUGAUGGAAACAAAAAGAGCCCCUUGACCCAGUUUACUAAUUGUGUUAGUGAAUGAAGAGCUGGCGCGAUUCACCGUGGUACAAUUACCAGAUUGCAUGUCAAGUCAAGCUGCAAAUGGAAGUUUUGGGUCAUAAAUGAAGCAUGCUUUUAUUUUGCGUCCAGAUCUGAUUUAAUGUUAGUCAAGGCUAAAUAUGGUUUCAGGAUAUGAAAACAUUCACUAACUUACAUGAACACAAUGUGAUGCAAAUCUUUGUUCGAUCUGUUUUCUUGCCGUAUAACAUUGAUUUGAUAAGGUUUAUCCAUUGCACUUCAACCAUUUCAAAGCAUAUCAUCUGGGAAUAUGUUAAUAUAUACAUAUAUAAAACAUUUGUUUUCAUUGUU